AUGGACGAUCAUAAUGAUACAACUGAGAGAAGAGAAAGUUUGGUUAAUCUUAUGAUAAGAGGACCUAAAGAGGAUCAAAAUGAGGACACCUUUGUUACUAACAAUAGAGAUGGUGGUGCAUCUGGAGAUGAAUUGAAUUCUCCACAUGGUAUUUCAUCAAAGAGGCAUAAAUACAGUGUCAAUCAAAUUCAAGAGCUUGAAGCUGUAUUCAAAGAAAAUUCAUAUCCUGACGAAAAAACAAGACUAGAACUCGCAACAAAAUUUUCCGUGGGCAAAAAACAAGUGCAAUUUUGGUUCCAAAAUAAAAGAUCCAUAUCGAAGACGCAAUUGGAACGACAUGAUAAGAAAAUGUUGCAACAAGAAAAUGGAAAACUUUGCUUAGAGUAUGCUGCAAUGAAGGAACUCAUGGAAAAUUCAAUUUGUGAUCCCUGUCGUAAUAAAGAUACUAUAAGGAACGAAAAUAUUGAUGAGAAGGAAAUAUUGAAUGAGCAUGCUCGCCUGAAAAAUGAACUUGCAAGGAUUGCUAUCCAUGCAGACAAUUUCUUGGGGCCUUCUACAUUCUUAGAGGGAUCAUUAACUUCCAUGAUGGAAAAUUUUGGGUUAGAAUUACUUACGGAAAGAGAUGAAAUUAGUGAUGUAAAUGUUGUGGAUGGUUUAUCAUUAAACGAGGUUGAUUUUGGAAAAUAUCUAACAAGUCCUCCACCCACAAACUUAGUUAACAAAGAUUUAACACUUGAUAAAUCAAUGUUACUAAAUCUCGCUUUGGCUGCCUUGAAUGAGUUGCUUAAGUUGGCAAUGAGUGAUGAACUUUUUUGGGUUAGAAGCUUGGAUGGAGGUGGGGAAAUAUUAAAUAUGGAAGAAUAUGCUAGAUCUUUUAUUCCAAUUACUGGCAUAAAACCUAGCCAUUUCACAACAGAAGCCACAAGGUCAUCUGGUAUAGUGGCUGGCAACAGUCUGACAUUGGUAGAGAUGUUGAUGAAUGAGAGUCAAUGGGUAGAGGUGUUUCCAUGCAUUAUUGGUAAAGUCAAUACUUUUGAUGUUAUUUCUACUGGCAUAGGUGAAAGCAAGAGCGGUACUCUGUUAUUGAUUGAAACUGAAUUACAAAUUAUUUCAAAUGUGGUUCCUGUCCGUGAAAUACAAUUUCUACGUUUUUGUCAAAAACAUGUUGAAGGUACUUGGAUUAUUGUGGAUGUGUCUGUCGACACAAUCAAAGAAGGUUCGCAACAAUAUAAAAUUGAAAAAUGUCGAAGGCUCCCUUCUGGUUGCAUUAUUCAAGAUAUGCCUAAUGAUUACUGUAAGGUUAUUUGGAUUGAGCAUAUGGAAUAUGAUGAAAUAUUUGUUCAUCAUUUGUAUCGCCCUUUGAUCAGAGCCGGUCUAGGAUUCGGCGCACAAAGGUGGAUGUCCUCUUUGCAAAGGCAAUCUGAGUUCUUGAGAGUGAUGGCGUCAUUUGUCAAUUUCACAGUUGAUUCAAAGGGUGAGAUAAGUAUGGGAAUAUUGGCUCAACGCAUGACUCGUAAUUUUUGUGCGGGAAUUUGUGCAACCUCUCACAAGUGGAAAACAAUUCAAAUAGAAAAUGAAAAAGAUGCAAAUUUGAUGAUGAGGAAGAAUAUUAGUGACCCUGGUGAACCCAUCGGUGUGGUUUUAAGUGCCACAAAGACAAUUCAAUUACCAAUAAAACCACAAUGUUUGUUUGAAUUCUUCACUAAUAAAAAUAUGAGGAUCCAAUGGGAUAUCUUAUCCUGUAGUGGUCCCAUGAAAAAUAUUAUCCAUAUUACUAAGGGUCAAAAUCUUAAGAGUUGCAUCUCUCUGUUGUGUGCUAAUGGGGAUGGCAUCAUUGCUAAUCAAAAUAACAUGUUGAUCUUUCAAGAUACUUGCACGGAUGCAACAAGUUCUCUUUUAGUCUAUUCAAUAGUUGAUUCUUCAAAAAUGAACACAGUGAUGAAAGGGGGGGACUCUUCUUGUGUGGAACUCUUGCCCAAUGGAAUUUCAAUAGUUCCUGAUUUAUCUCAAGAUUAUUAUGCAAAUAAUAACAACGAUGGAAAUAACAAUGAAUUUUGUAGUGGAUCACUGGUGACUAUCAUGUUUCAAAUGUUUGUCGACAAUCUUUCCACAACAGAUCUUCCAGAGAAGUCAAUCAUAGACGCAAAUGACAUCAUCUCUCAUACAAUUUAUAAGAUCAAAACUGCUUUCAAAUGCAAGUGA